UGGGGGCCGGCAGGGGCUGGGGCGUCCGCCCGCGCGCCCCCUCCCCAAAGUCCCACCUCCCGGCCGCGGCGGGUAAAGUCUCUCCGAAAGCGUGAAGGGGGAUUGGAGGAGGUUUUAUUUCCCUUUGUGCCGGCGGCUGGGGUGGGAUCGAGGCGGCCGGGCCGGGGGCCGCGGGACCCGGGCUCCCCCCGGAGCGGAGACGAGCGCAACAAAGGAUGCGCCGCGCGGAGGUCACCGUCCCCGUGGCCCAACUUUGCGCGCGGCGCCCGCGCCCCGGGGGAGCCCGCCCGCUGCGCUGAGCACCCAGGCGUCCGGGCUGAGCCGGGGCUGGGGGCGCCCGCGGGCGGCGCUGGCCCCGACCCCAGACCCCAGAAGGGAAUCCCGGAGCUUCCCGGAGGCGGCGGGCGGCCGAGCGGCGCACGGGAACCGCGCUUCCCGCGGAAACUCCGCGCGCUUCCGCGGAUGCCCCUCGCCCUGGCCCGGCCAUCCGGCGCUCGGCGUUCAGGGCCCUGCGGGGCGCCCCCUUUCCGCGCCGUCCUUGCCGAGCCGGGCUAAGGUGGACUUUUGCUCUCCUUCCUCCUCUUCCUCCUCCUCCCCCCCCACCCGUCUCCUCCCCCAUCCUCCCCGGGAACUCUUCGGAGAAAGGGGGCAUGUGGGUCCCCCUCUGACGGUGGCCAGGUUUGGCGUGACACACGCACAAAUGGCCAAGUGGCUACGCGACUACCUGAGCUUCGGCGGUCGGAGGCCCCCUCCGCAGCCGCCCACCCCCGACUACACGGAGAGCGACAUCCUGAGGGCCUACCGGGAACAGAAGAAUCUGGACUUCGAGGACCCCUAUGAGGACUCGGAGAGCCGCCUGGAGUCGGACCCCGCCGGCGCCGGGGACUCGAAGGGCCUCGGAGACGCCAAGUACGACUCUCCCAAGCACCGGCUCAUCAAGGUGGAAGCUGCAGACAUGGCCAGAGCCAAGGUCUUGCUGGGCAGCCCUGGGGAAGAGUCGGAACUCGACACCGAGUACUCAGACCCCUUCGAUGCCCAGCCUCAUCCGCCACCUUCAGAUGACGGCUACAUGGAGCCCUACGAUGCCCAGAGGGCCGUGAGCGAACUGCCAUGCAAGGGGGUGCAGCUGUAUGACACCCCCUAUGAGGAGCAGGACCGAGAGCCAGGAGAUGGGCCCCCUUCUGGAAGGAGACCUCGCCAGAGCCGGCUGCCUCAGGAGGAUGAGCGGCCAGCGGAUGAGUAUGACCAGCCCUGGGAGUGGAAGAAAGACCACAUCUCCAAGGCGUUUGCAGUGCAGUUUGACGGCCCGGAGUGGGAAAGGACCCCAGGCUCGGCCAAAGAGCUCCGGAAACCCGCAUCCAGAAGCCCCCAGCCCGCAGAGCGCGUGGACCCGGCCCUGCCCCUGGAGAAACAGCCGUGGUUCCACGGCCCACUGAGCCGGGCCGAUGCUGAGAGCCUCCUGUCGCUCUGCAAGGAAGGCAGCUACCUCGUGCGGCUCAGCGAGACCAGUCCCCAAGACUGCUCCCUGUCCCUCAGGGGCAGCCAGGGCUUCCUGCACCUGAAGUUCGCCCGGACCCGAGAGAACCAGUUCGUGCUGGGUCAGCACAGCGGCCCCUUCACCAGCGUCCCGGAGCUGGUCCUGCAUUACAGCUCCCGGCCGCUGCCCGUGCAGGGCGCUGAGCACCUGGCCCUACUGUACCCGGUGGUCGUGCAGACGCCCUGAGCCCAGGAGCUUCAGCCCCUGCCCUGCACCGCGAGGGCCCAGAGUCGCUGCUGGAGGGAAGCCGGAGGGAGACGCUCGCUGCCCCUCCAAGCCCUGGGCCUUCAUCGGGGCCGCUUCUUGGCCCUCUCCCGGGUUCUAGUGUACAGAACUGCGUCUCCCAGCCUUCCUCUGGCCUGGAAAAUAAAUAAGUUAUUGUGCGUU